AUGUGGGAAGCAAAGUCUGGUCCCAGGCACCGCCCUCAGAACAGAAGGCGAAGCCGGUUGGGGUCUAGGGCCAGCUUGGGAAUCCUGCACUACGCAGCAGCAGCUUUCCAGGGACCGGCCCUGGAAAACGCCGAGGGCAGUCAAAGCGCUUUGAAAAGGGCCGAGGGCCGCGUCUUGGCGAGACCGUGGGAAAGUCUCCUCAGGAGGAGUCAUCGCCUGGCCUCCUCCCGGCUCGCUUCCAACCCUGGCAGCCCUGCCACCUGCCCGCCCACCCACCCGCCUACUGGUGCGCGCGGCCUCGGGCCCCCGUAGUGCGCAGGCGCGAGGCCUGGGGGCGGGGCGAUCGCCCCGGGGGAAGGGACUGGCUCGCGUCGGCCUGGCGGGGCGCUGGUCCAGGUUGAAGCCCUACCUGAGGAAGAGGUUGUGACCAACUAGCAAUCUGAGCGCUCUCCUCACAGAAUGGAGAAGACGGCUUUGGCUGUCUGUGAGAUUUUGAGAUAUUUAAUCAUUCACUGGAAGUGUGAAACAGGAAUAUCAAAGAGAGCGUUGCUAGAAGGGCAGCUAACCAUUUCCAUAGAAGCACUAAGUUCUAAGCACUUGCCAGAUUCUCUUCAUUGUGCAAUAACUAUUGCUUCUACAGGAAGUGUUUAUGGUGGCUUGGUCUUCAAGAAGUUUCUAAAAGAAAUACAACCUGUGCUGCCCAGAUUCUCUGCAAAGCUGACUUGGGCUUCAGAGGAAGGUGACUGUUCUCAUGACACAUCAAAUGUAGCAUCCUUCCAGAUGAUUUUUAAGAUUGAUGAAAGUCCUCAACGUUUUAUGACAGACUGUCUGGUUAUAAAACAUUUUUUACGAAAAAUCAUCAUAGUUCAUCACAAGCUCCAGUUUAAUUUCAGUUUAACGGUGAAUGGGAUCCACUCUGCAGAGAUCUUUGGGGCAGAGAAGGAACCUACUUUGAGACUGUCCAAUGGCAUCACUCUUGUUGUGGGCUUUCAGCAUUAUGUGAGCAAGCCAAAAUUGAAUUCAGCUGAAUCACACUGCAGCAGAAUCCACCCUGUGCUAGGACACCCGGCACAGCUAUUCAUCCCUGAUGGCAUGGCUGACCUGGGCUUGUUGGGAGGACUGACACUGACUCCAGCUGCUGCUCUGUGGCCCAGCCCCAAGGUCUUCUCCAGCCAACUGCAUACAAUUUCUUCACUGUACAUAUUUCUAUAUGGACCUUUGGGUCUGCCUCUGAUAGCAGAUCAGGAUCAGCCAAGUACCACCAUCUUCAGAGAUACUUCUUAUUUCAUUGACUGGAAGAAACACAAUCUAUUUAUGGUACCCACUUUGGAUCUCAAUUUGGAUACAGACUUGGUGCUUCCAGAUGUGAGUUAUCACGUGGGGUCCAGUGAGGGGAAUCAGUCUCAGUAUAUGGACUCACAGGGACCGGCUUUGCUCCUUUUCCUGUUUGUGGAUUUCCACAGUGGAUGCCCAGUUCAGCAAGUGAAAAUCUGGGGACUCCAUGCUUUGCUCACAGCUCAUCUCAGUGCCAUUCUCUCAGAGAGCCGCAGCACAGUGCAAGAUUCUGUCCAGGCAGCCGUGGACCAGGUCCUGGAGCGGCAUCACCAGGCUGCACAGGCUCAUCAGAGACUGCAGGGCUCCCUCUCUGUAGCUGUGAAUUCCAUCAUGAGUGUGCUGACUGGAAGCACCUGCAGCAGCUUCAGGAACACAUGCCUCCAGGCUCUUGAGGCAGCUGACACGCAGGAAUUUGGGACCAAACUACACAAAAUAUUUUAUGAUACCCUCCAGAACCGACUUCUACACCACUGCUCAUGUGACACAGAACAGCACCUGAUUCCAGAGAAAAGUCAUUCCACCCAGAGCACGGAAAACUGGCAUGAGAAUAUCGUCCCGGAGUCACUUGUAGAGACCAGCGGGCUAGCAGAAAACAAGAGGCUCAAGAGAAGCCCCAACCAGGGCAGGGAAGAAUCGCAAGCUCUGUGCCCCGCCAAGGACCUGAGCCCUCCAGGGUCCGCCACACGCAACCACGAGCCCACCGCGGCCUCCCCCAAUGCCAGAGGAUCACAGGCCCAAGCAGCCCACGGCAGGGCCCCGGCGCCUGACGCAGCGAGCCCUGCGGGCGGCCUGGAGGUACCAUGGAGGGCGCAGGACGGGCGCGGGCCUGGGCUGCUGCCGCUGGAUCCUCACCACUGUCUUUCCCGCAGGACUUGUGGCUGCAAGAGGUCUCCAAUCUGUCCGAGUGGCUGAGUCCGGGACGCAGGUUCUAAGCGUCCAUU